AUGACCAUCCGCCUUGUUACCUUUGAUGCUCUGCACACACUGGUCGCUCCCCGACUUCCGAUUCAUGUUCAAUACUCUCAGACCUUUGAGCCAUACUUGGGAAAACUCGACCCCGAAGCUCUAAAGCACUCGUUCAAAUCUGUACUCAAACAAGUGCAGCAAGAGCAGCCGGUAUACCGCGGAGGAGCGGACGAGUGGUGGGGGUAUGUCAUAAAGCGGACGGCUGUGGGUGCUGGUGCAGACCCUACAGCUGUGAAUGCUUCAUUGGGGCAGAUUAUACCGCGACUGCUUAACCGCUUUAGCUCUCGCGAAGGAUACAAGCUGUUUGACGACACGUUGCCCACAAUACGCCAGUUGAAGGAGCUAAACCUCCCCGUGGCUAUCAUUAGCAACACUGACGCUAGAAUGAGAAGUGCAAUGGACGAUCUUCAGCUUUUAUCCCAAGUGGACGCAGUGCUGUUGAGUGAAGAGGAAGGGGUGGAAAAACCUUCUCGUGACAUCUUCUACCGUGCUUGUGAGCGUGUAGGGGUCCAGCCCGAAGAAACGUUGCACGUCGGCGAUGAACUGGCCUGUGAUUACCACGCGGCGACAGCAUGUGGUAUGCGAGCUUUAUUGGUUCGUAGACUGGGGCCGGAAGGAAAAGGAGAACGCAAAGAAGCCGACGAAGACCUCACCAGCGUUGAAACAGUCUCCAGUUUGGCAGAGGUUACGGAAUGGGUGCGACGGCAGCUGACAUAA